GUUAAACCCACUCGAGCGUAAAGGUAAAGCUUACCCUCCUAUAAUACCAACAUUUGCGUAUAUUUCUAUCGUUUUGUUUUGAUCGUGUCGUUAAUUCGCUCCCUGAUUAUGUCAAAGAGGUACUUUAUAUUUAUGGCUCGAUCUAAGAUUCCGAAGAUUUAACAGUGCUAUUGAUUUUCUUAAACAAUAGAUCUUUGGCGAACGCACGAUCGAUGACGAUGGCAACAUUGUAGCUUACGAUUCUGGAAAACCCUCACAGUCCGCUUUUGAUGAAGAGAAAGAACAGGACAAAGUCCAUUAUUUGGAUGAAGAGUCUUCUGAGGAAGAGGAACAGGAAGACGAUGAAGAGAGUGAGGAUGAAGGAAAGGGGUCAUCAAAGAAGCGAAAAAUGGACGAUCAGCCAAAACAAUAUAAACCCAACCCAUUCAAAUCACAUAUCGACGAACGCAACAAAACACGAAAGUUGACACAAGAAGAACGGGAAAAACGAGAUCGAGAUUUUGCAGCACAAGCCAAAGAUCGACAGCAGUAUUAUAGCAAACGUCGACGCGAACGUAGCCAGAUGUUAGCAAAGAAUAGCAAAGGUCAACCCAAAAUGGCCCGACAGAUGGAUAAUCUACUUGAGAAAAUACAAAAGCAAAUGGGUGCCAAGUAGGAAUGAAUGGCUAAAGUUGGCUUCUUGUUUUUCUGACAUAUCAAAUUACAAAUUGUACAUACUAUUAUCAUUUUACAUCAUAUAUAAAUUUUCAAUAGAGAAGGU